AUGCACCUGCUUUAUAUUGCGCGGUCGCAGCAGUCACUCAGAGAGCUCUACCUGCUGCUGGACGACAUCUUGGAUCCGCGAAUGUACUCCAGCUUCCACGCCACCACCGCCUCGGCGCCCUCGCUGCGCGCAUCUGCAGCCGAAUCCUACACGGCCAUGGCGCCGCCCGCGCAAGAUGACCCGGGCAACAUCAAGGUCGUGGUGCGGUGCAGGACGUUUGUGCCACGAGAGAGAGAGAAGGGCACGCAAUGCCUGAUUCGCAUGGACCCGGCAACCGAGAAGACGACGCUGCUUGCCCCCGAGGUCGACCCCGAGGACCAGCGCAGGUCCAACGUCGAGGACAAGGAGUUCACCUUCGACCGCUCUUUCUGGUCCCACGACGAGAGCGAUCCACACUACGCCCAGCAAGAGGAUGUGUACAAGUCGUUCGGCGAGGAGUUCCUCGACCACAACUUCGGCGGCUACCACACGUGCAUCUUUGCCUACGGCCAGACAGGCUCGGGGAAGAGCUACACGAUGAUGGGCACGCCAGAGAACCCAGGCCUGAUCCCACGCACGUGCGAGGAGCUCUUCGAUCGCAUCCAGCACGAGCCGAAGCCAGACACGAGCUACCACGUCCAGGUCUCGUACUUUGAGGUGUACAACGAGCAUGUCCGCGAUCUGCUCAGCCCCCGCACCAAUCCGCCCAUCUACCUCAAGAUCCGCGAGAGCCAGAAGGACGGUGUGUACGUUCAGGGCCUGGUGGAGGCGGAGGUGAAGAGCUAUGCGGAUGUUGCCUACCUGAUGCAGAAGGGCGACUCGAGCCGCACGACAGCAGCCACCAAGAUGAACGACACGUCUUCUCGUUCACAUGCCGUGUUCACCAUCCGGCUGAGGCAAAUCACCCACUCGCUCCUCUCCGACGAGACCGUCGAACGCACAGCUCGCAUGCGCCUGGUCGAUCUUGCCGGCUCAGAACGUGCCAAAUCUACUCAGGCUACCGGGCAGCAGCUGAAGGAGGGCGGCCAGAUCAACAAAUCUCUCAGUACGCUGGGUCGUGUCAUCAACGCACUUGCUGCUCGUACACAGGACACCAAGGGCAGGAAGCCUCGACAAGUCAUCCCCUACCGCGACUCAGUCUUGACAUGGCUGCUCAGAGAUUCACUUGGAGGUAACAGCAAGACGGCCAUGGUUGCCUGCAUCGCUCCCGCCGACUACGAGGAGACACUGUCGACUCUGCGCUACGCCGACCAGGCCAAGCGCAUCCGCACCCGUGCCUCGGUCAACCAGGACUGCCUGUCUGCUGCCCAGCGUGACGCCCAGAUCGCCGAAAUGUCAGAGCAGAUACGCAGUCUGCAGGUCAGCGUGAACGCAGCCAGUCAACGCAAGAGGGAAGAGGCGACGGAGCUGGAGGAGUACCAGCGACAGGUGUCGAUGAUGCACAGGCUGAUGGAAGAGAACCGCCAGGUCUCAGCAGUGAAGAUCAGGGCGCUCACAUCUGAGGUGGAAGAGCUGCGUCCAGUCAAUGCGCAGCUGCGUGCUGAGAUCGACACGCUGCGCCGCCACCUUGCGCUUGCCGUAGGAGAGCUCAAGAACCCCAUCGUGCUACCUCCACCGCGGUCGGUGGGCACGCCCGACUUUGAGCGUGAAGACUGGAUGGCGGGCGAUGCAAAGGGAGCUGCGUCUGAUGCAGAGGGGAGUGAUGACGAUUCAGACUCGGGAUACGACGAAGGGGAUCAUGAUGAGCUGGCGCAGGAGCUGCACGACGAGGCACAGGCGUUCUUGAGCGACCUUGGACUGUUCCGCAAGAAGGUUGGAACUGAUGUAGAUCGGUUUGGAGUACGUGACGCUCUUGCGCACGCCAUAGGGUUCGAUCAGGGGGGACAGUAG